AUGGAUCGAUACAAGGUUUACCUCCGACUGAAACCAUUGUCGGCGGGGGAAACCGAUGUAUCUGAGCUUCAGAAUGACAAGACUUUAAUCAUUCAUCCAGGACUGUAUGGAAAAAGAGCUGUGCGCUACUCAUUCAGAGGAGUUUUCGAGCCAACAAGUAGUCAGCAAGAGGUUUUCCGACGACUCGCUCUGCCGGCGAUUCGCAACGUUUUGAGUGGGAAGCCGGCUCUGAUCUUCGUCAACGGCGUCGAAGCCUCAGGAAAGACGCACACUCUGAUAGGCACCCCUGAAGACGCAGGCAUACUUCCGCGUGCUCUCGACGUGCUCUUCAACAGUAUACCGCCGAAUCUUCAGGCGAUGAAAUUCGCUAUCAAGCCUGACACGUUCAAUGGAUACGAGGCACGUCUGACUGAAGAUGCCAUGAUCGACCGUCAGAAUGUGCUGAUCGAGUCCGGGAGUCGAAUCGGCAUCGAAGACGAUACCGCAGAGGGGAGGCCGAGUCCCGAGCAGAGCCCAUGGGCUCGGAGGGACCGCUGGAAAUUAGAUGAAACGAAGGUCGCCGCUGAUAUACCCGACGACUGCCGAAUCGCUGUGUUCGUACAGUUUGUCGAAAUUCGCAACAACUGCGUGUACGAUCUACUUGACGAGACCACCCAUGAGAACCGUGGUCAUUCCUGGAAAAAUAUCCGACAUGAUUCGUCGAAGAGCACCUAUGUUUCUGGAGCGAACGAGAUCGAGGUUGAGAACGCAGACGAAGCCAUGGACAUCUACCUUCGCGGGGAAUCCAGGAAACAAAUCGCUCAAAGCGAAUCCAACGCCGAGAAUUUCGGCAGUCAUACAGUCUUCACAAUCAAGAUCGUUCAAGCGCCCGUCAGUCAAAAGACCGGGGACCUCGUUCUGGACAAGGACUUCAUAACGGUGACCCAGCUCCACCUGGUGAAUCUAGCUGGUUGUGUCGGGAACUACACUGCGAAAUCUCUCGAUUAUACCUCGUUGUGUUUACGGUCGUGUCUGAACAUCCUACGAGAGAAUCAGAUGGAGGGCGGCGACAAGAAAAUACCGUAUCGCGACUCACGGCUCACUCAUCUCUUCAAAAGCUUUUUUGAAGGCAUCGGCGGGAUAAAAAUGCUGCUCUGCAUCAAUCCUCGGGUUGAGGAUCUGGCGGAGACCCUCGAAGUGUUGAAAUUCGCCGAGAUAGCUGAAGAUAUUGAUUGCGAAACACCGCUUCGACGGACCAAGAAAAAAAUCCAGUUCCGAGAACCCAGUCCGACACCGUCGAUUGAGGAGUUUUACACGACGGCUUGGGACAUGGGCUCCCAUCUUGAGCCACAAGACAGAGUUGAAGAUCUGAACUUUGAUAGCUGCCGCAUAGCAGAGACCCCUCAAAGCACCAGUGAAGAGCGAACUUCUGAUUCGAGAAGCAGUAUUGAUUUUUUGCAUGAGGAGCUCCACAAUGCUCUGUCUCAGCUAGCUGCUCAAGAAAAAAUCUAUCGAGACAAGUCGAGGGCUCAUCAGGAUACCCUGCUGAAACUCAACGAAAUGAUCCAAGAGAGAGAUUAUCUCAAAGAACGAUUGGUCGAGAUCCAGGCGGAAAAAGAGUCGGCGGAGUCGCGAGCAUCGCAUCUCGAAGAAUCCCUCGAGAGAGUCCGCAGUAAAAAGGUCAGGAUCAAGAAAGCAGUUGAGAACAUCGGGGACAAGGAAAACGAGAUCCGAAUAUCCUCAGAAGAAGAUCGCUUGUCCGGAGAAGAAGGAGCGAAUCAUCAGGCAGGCAGCAGCGGGGCGGCAGCGACGAGUGAAUACGAAGCUUAUUCGCUUUGGAGCUUCCAUACCGAAAACCAGUGUUCCGCCCGGCCGCCCGAGAGACCGCAGCGUCACAAGCGAAGGAAGCGCAACGUCCGCGUGUCCGAUGCGAAAAUUACGCAGCCAGAAAGGACGAAAUGCAGGACUCCACUUUCGUCACAAUCCGAUCCCGGAGUAUUUGUCCUGGAGGGCGCCGGCGACCCGGCCGGGGACGACGCGUGUCCACGCAAGAAUCGCAAACACGUGGGAGAUUCAAGGAAGAAACGCAUCAGUCUCAUGGAGACGAAGGAACGAUGUAAGAUCGCCAUCGAGGGACAUGCGUACGCGCGAGACCUUGUACUUAAGAAGAAAAUUGGGCGUACUUUUAGCUUCAAGGGUUUGUUCUUGAACCCGAGAAAAUGA